GACUGUUGCAGGACUUUGCGCUCUCUCGGCUGCAGGAGAUGUUGCAAAACCCCCCUCGAUCAGCUCGGGGCCAACUUUGAGCUUUUGAUGCUCGAUUGGGAGGGAGUGUGCAGGAGAGGCGAGCGGCUCUGUAGCCCGGUGCAGAUUGGGGUCGCCCGUUCUCGUGGUCUUGUCUCCCUGGGAGGGGGCACCGCUCGGGCUCUGUGGAUGAACACGACCAGGUCGCUUAUUUUAUAGUUGCUCUGGUCUACGUGUAACUAACGAGUGAUGUACAAAACCAGCAUAAAGUGGAUGCUUCCUGGGAAACAAUUGGUGCUGCUUCUGUUCAUGUGCUGCCCACUUUUCGGAGAGAUUUACACAGGUAAUUCUCUAUUAACACUCGAUUCGGAACUCAAUGGACAUGAAGGAGAUGGAUUCUGUCAGCGAUACAGAGGAGUUACAUGUGCUCGAUUCAUUAAAGACGAUAACAUUUAUGUUGAAUCCCUCGAUAUGCAGGAGGAAAUUGAAAACCAAAUUAUUGCUGGACAGAAUGCGAAUGUUACUUCCAUAAUGUUGUCCGAUCAGUGCUCACAAUUUGCCUUUCCGGCCUUCUGUCAUUUUGUGUUCCCACUCUGUGAUGAAGACUCCUCUGUUCUCAAACCACGUGAAUUAUGUCGGACUGAGUGUGAUAUUCUGGAAAGUUAUCUGUGCAGUGCAGAAUAUGUCUAUGCAAGGUCAAACCCGUUCAUUCUUCAGCAAAUUCAGUUGCCGAACUGUGAGGACCUGCCACUCCCGGAAAGCCCGGAGUCUGCGAACUGCCUGGGAAUUGGAAUUCCUCUGGAUGUUAACAGAUAUAUUCCUCCCAAAUUUGAUCACGUUGAGUAUUUUGAACCUGGAAAAGAUCUGCACAGUCCGCCACCUAGAACUGAAAAUGAAUAUCCCCAACUAGAUCAAUAUGACUCUAAUGACUCUGGAGGUCUGCAAAGUCCGCCACCUGGAGCUAAAAAUGAAUAUCCCCAACUAGAUCAAUAUGACUCUAAUGACUCUGGAGGCCUGCAAAGUCCGCCACCUGGAGCUAAAAAUGAAUUUCCCGAACUUGAUCAAUCUGACUCUAAUGAAUCUGGAGGAGGCAUGCAAAGUCCGCCAACUAGAGCUGAAAAUAUUCUUCCCAAAUUCGAUCAAUAUGAGACUUUUGAACCUGGAAAAGAUCUGCAAAUUCCGCCACCUAGAACUGAAAAUGAAUUUCCCCAACUUGAUCAAUCUGAUUCUCAUGAACCUGAAGGACACCUGCAAAGUCCAUCACCUGGAGCUGAAAGUUAUUUUCUGACCUUGUUGGCACCAAUGAAUAAUAUCACAACAGUCCAAGGCCAGACAGCGAACUUACACUGCAAAGUUGUGGGUUAUCCAUUACCAAACAUAAAAUGGCUGAAAAAUAAUUCUGCAGUGUAUCAGGAGCCAAGAAAGAGCACAAUAAGUAGAAAAGAAUAUGGAUCUCGACUGCGAAUUGUAAAACUGGACAAAUCAGACACGGGCUAUUACCAGUGUGUUGCAUCUAAUGGCAAUGGAACCGUCAAAGCCACUGGGCAGUUAAAUGUGAUGCUUGGUUAUUUUCUGAAGUUUUUGAUGCCUGUGAACAAUAUCAGCACAGUAGAAGGCCAGACAGCGAAUUUGCAUUGCAAAGUAGCUGGUUAUCCAGUUCCAAACAUAAAGUGGCUGAAAAAUGAUUCAUUAGUUCUCCAGGAAGAAAGACGGAUUACGAUACGGAAAACAGAAUAUGGUUCUCGAUUGCGAAUUCAAGACUUGAACAGAGCGGACACUGGCUUUUACCAGUGUGUUGCUUCCAACAACAAUAAUACAAUUUCAGCUACUGGGGUUAUUUAUGUGAGAGCUGGACUGCCUCCGACACUCAGUGGACCAUAAGAUGUGUGAAGUCAACUCUUUGUUUCAAAUACUUUUUUCUGGUCUUCUGAAUAUGAUGGCAUAUAUGGUGGAUCUUAACUAAUCAAUAAGAUACAUUUUUGUUUACAUUUAUUUUCUGUAUUGACUAUUUGAAAUGCAUGCUGUGACAGAAUGGGUCAAAUUAAGUGCAUUUUCUUCUAAAUAUCUUAGUGAUGAUAAAAGUGGAGAAAGAAAUAUUAACCUGGAAAUGUUUGAUUCUCCACAUAAAGAAAAAAAAAUGUCCACUCUUUUUAUAGGUCCUUAUUUCAUUGUUUCGUAUUUUGUCUGUUUUACUCUCAUUUCUGUGUGAAUAACAGAGGCUAUUUGGUAUCCAGGGCAGGAUGGGGUUUCAAUCACAGUCUCCAUGAAUGCCUUAAUGGGCCUGUCCCACUUAGGCGAUUUUUUAGCGGACUGCUGAC